AUGUUGUUCGAGUGGGAAUGUGCAUAUUUUAUGUCUUCCGCCAUCACAACACCCACGACGGCUAGCACAACGACGGCGGUGGCAGCAAUGGUCGCCUCUAGCAACACAACUGCGGCGCAGGAAGAUUUAUGUGAAGUGACGGUGCCUGCGAUUUUGCUGUCAAAUGACCACACGCCAAUGUCGAAUGGGACUUGCAAUGAGGUGGUGGAGUGUGAGCAGCAGCAACACCAGCAGGAGCAGGAAAGUCCGCAGCUAACGGAAGAAUCACAGCAUCAGCCUCCAGCUGAUAGCUCCAACCUGCCGCAACAGGAGCAGCAAAGUCCACAGCUAACGGAAGUACCACAAGAACAGCUUCUGGCUAAUAGUGACAGCAAGCAGCAGCAGGAGCAGCAAAGUCCACACUUAACGGAAGUAUCACAAGAACAGCUUCUGGCUAAUAGUAACACCCAGCAGCUGCAGGAGGAACCAAAGGAGCAGGAGAGUCCACAGCAAGAGCAACAGCAGAAAGCACAGCUAGCAGAGGUACCUCCAGGUCCAACUCUGGAAGAUAGCAAAUCCCUGCAAAAGGACCAAAAUCAAGGGCAACAUCAACAACAACACCAGAAGCAAAAAGAAGCGCAACUUUCCCAGAUAGAGCUGAUCCGAAAGAAAAGGCUUAAGCUGAAGCCAUGGUUUAAACAAAUAUCGGCCGAAGAGAUAUCUGCCGACAAGAAGAACCAAACGGAAUCCGACAGCACCCUCGAGCCCCCCCGAUCUGUGUCGGCGCCAGAAGCCACGGGGAAAUCGAAGUCGAAAUCGGGUACUAGAUCCGGCUCCAAAAAAGUUAGCCUCAAAACCAGAAAGGCAUCCCUGUCGGCAAUCGUCUUCAAACAGCUGAUGGCGGCCGGUGGCCAAGGUAUCGGCGUGGGCAUCAACAAGGACUUGCCGCCCGCCGCACGACAGCGACCCCCGGUACGGCGGGUUCCAGCGGUACCACCGCCGGCUGCUGGUGUUGAAGUUGCGAGCGAGAAAAAGACAUCCUCCAAAACGCUCAGCUCCGAUUCGUCGGGUGAUCCGAUACCGGAACACUUUGGGUCAACGAUUGAGGAAAGUUAG